GGAGUAGGUGUGGUCUUGAGGGUAUGGGCUUUAAUACUCUUGUCCUAGCUGUCUGGUAAACAAUAUUCUGCUAGCAGCAUUUAGAUGAAGAUGUAGAACUCCCAGCACCUCCUGUGCCAUGCCUUCCUGGAUGCUGCCAUGCUCCCACCUUGAUAAUAAUGGACUGAACCUCUGAACUUUUUCCCUGGAACACUAACAGUGCAGUUUCACCCAAUUCUUCCAUGAUCAGCAUCACUGAUGAACCUCUAGAAAAGAGCUAUUUUGUGUAACUCUUGACUGUGAGUAAAUUUCUAAUACACCCGUUGGAACCAUCAGUGGACAUUAGUGCCCUUUGAGAGGCCCUUUGCCUGGUCAAAUACUGGGGAUCAGGAAGAGAGGUCUUUUUGGUUUGUUGUUGUUUUUCCCCGUGAUCAUUAUGAGCAUUGGCUUUUCACCCUUGAAGUAAAAAUGUUGAAAGCUGAAUCUUCAGGUGAACGAACCACUCUCAGAAGUGCCUCUCCUCACAGGAAUGCAUACAGAACUGAGUUCCAGGCACUGAAAAGUACUUUUGACAAACCCAAACCUGAUGGGGAACAGAAAACGAAAGAAGGUGAGGGCUCCCAGCAGAGUAGGGGUAGGAAGUAUGGCUCCAAUGUCAACAGAAUUAAGAACCUGUUCAUGCAGAUGGGUAUGGAACCCAACGAGAAUGCUGCUAUCAUUGCCAAAACGAGAGGGAAAGGUAGGCCCUCAUCCCCUCAGAAGAGGAUGAAGCCCAAAGAAUUUGUGGAGAAAACCGAUGGCUCAGUGGUUAAACUGGAGUCCUCUGUCUCUGAACGGAUUAGCAGAUUUGACACAAUGCACGAUGGCCCUUCGUAUGCUAAGUUCACAGAGACUCGAAAGAUGUUUGAGAGAAGUGGGCAUGAGUCAGGGCAAAAUAAUCGCCAUUCCCCAAAGAAAGAGAAAGCGGGAGAGGCUGAGCCACAGGAUGAGUGGGGUGGCUCCAAGUCCAAUAGAGGCAGCAGUGAUUCCUUGGACAGCCUGAGCCCUCGGACGGAGGCUGUCUCUCCAACUGUGAGCCAACUGAGUGCCGUGUUUGAGAACAGUGAGUCUCCAGGUGCCAUCACUCCUGGGAAGGCUGAGAACAGCAACUACUCGGUGACUGGGCAUUACCCCCUGAACUUACCAUCUGUUACCGUAACCAAUCUGGAUACCUUUGGCCGUCUCAAGGAUUCUAAUUCAAGGCCUUCUUCAAACAAACAAGCUACCGACACAGAAGAGCCUGAGAAGAGUGAGGCUGUGCCAGUACCGGAAGUGGCUCAGAAAGGUACCUCUUUAGCUUCAUUGCCUAGUGAAGAGAGACAGCUGAGCACGGAAGCUGAGGACGUCACAGCUCAACCAGACACUCCGGACAGCACUGAUAAAGACAGUCCUGGAGAACCUUCUGCUGAAAGCCAGGCAAUGCCCAAGUCUAACACCCUCUCCCGACCGAAGGAGCCGUUAGAAGAUGCUGAAGCUAAUGUGGUCGGGAGUGAGGCAGAGCAGCCACAGAGGAGAGACCUGACAGGUGGUGGUGACCUCACCUCCCCGGACGCGUCUGCUUCCAGCUGUGGGAAAGAAGUACCUGAAGACUCGAACAGUUUUGAGGGCUCCCAUGUAUACAUGCAUAGUGACUAUAACGUGUAUCGGGUGAGAUCCAGGUAUAACUCGGACUGGGGAGAGACGGGCACAGAGCAGGAUGAGGGGGACGACAGCGAUGAGAACAAUUACUAUCAGCCCGAUAUGGAGUACUCGGAAAUUGUUGGCUUGCCGCAAGAGGAAGAAAUCCCAGCAAAUAGGAAAAUUAAGUUUAGUUGUGCUCCGAUUAAGGUUUUCAACACGUACUCCAAUGAAGACUAUGACAGGAGGAAUGAUGACGUUGACCCUGUGGCUGCAUCUGCUGAGUACGAACUUGAAAAGCGAGUAGAAAAGCUGGAACUUUUCCCAGUGGAACUGGAGAAAGAUGAGGAUGGGCUUGGCAUAAGCAUUAUUGGAAUGGGCGUUGGUGCUGAUGCUGGACUGGAGAAGCUGGGGAUAUUCGUCAAGACAGUGACUGAAGGAGGUGCUGCUCAGCGGGAUGGCAGGAUCCAAGUCAAUGACCAGAUUGUGGAAGUGGAUGGAAUCAGCCUGGUGGGGGUCACACAGAAUUUCGCUGCAACUGUUCUGCGGAACACCAAGGGCAACGUCAGGUUUGUUAUUGGACGAGAAAAACCAGGACAAGUGAGUGAGGUUGCCCAGUUGAUCAGCCAGACCCUGGAACAAGAGAGGAGACAGAGGGAGCUGCUCGAACGCCACUACGCCCAGUAUGAUGCUGACGACGAUGAGACCACUGUGGCUGAAUUGCAAGGAGUGUCUGGCAACUGCAAUAACAAUAACAACCGUUUCCUUAAGACCGGAGAAUAUGCCACUGAUGAAGAAGAAGAUGAGGUUGGACCCAUUCUUCCUGGUGGUGACAUGGCCAUUGAAGUCUUCGAGCUCCCUGAGAAUGAGGACAUGUUUUCCCCAUCUGACUUGGAUACAAGCAAGCUCAGUCACAAGUUCAAAGAGUUGCAAAUCAAACAUGCAGUUACAGAAGCAGAGAUUCAAAAAUUGAAGACCAAGCUGCAAGCAGCAGAGAAUGAGAAAGUAAGGUGGGAACUAGAAAAGAACCAACUGCAGCAGAAUAUUGAGGAGAAUAAAGAAAGGAUGGUAAAGCUGGAGAGCUACUGGAUCGAGGCGCAGACAUUAUGUCACACCGUGAACGAGCAUCUCAAAGAGACCCAAAGCCAGUAUCAGGCCUUGGAAAAGAAGUACAACAAAGCCAAGAAGUUGAUCAAGGAUUUUCAACAAAAAGAGCUCGAUUUCAUCAGGAGACAAGAAGUAGAAAGAAAGAAGCUGGAGGAGGUGGAAAAAGCUCACCUUGUUGAAGUCCAAGGCCUGCAAGUUCGGAUUAGAGAUUUGGAGGCUGAGGUGUUCAGACUACUAAAGCAAAAUGGGACCCAAGUUAACAACAACAACAACAUCUUUGAGAGAAGACCAUCUCCUGGGGAAGUCUCAAAAGGAGACACUAUGGAGAAUGUGGAAGUCAAGCAAACAUCCUGUCAGGACGGCUUGAGCCAAGACUUGAAUGAAGCAGUCCCAGAGACAGAGCGCCUGGAUUCGAAAGCGCUGAAAACUCGGGCCCAGCUCUCUGUGAAGAACAGGCGCCAGAGGCCCACAAGGACAAGGCUCUAUGACAGCGUCAGCUCCACUGAUGGGGAGGACAGCCUGGAGCGGAAGGGUUGGAGAGUUUCUUCUCCAGAACCAGAGUGUGGUGUCGCACCCCUCACCCCUGUGACGAGCCCUAGGGCCUUCUCAUCCCACCACGUGACUGAGUCUCCAGAAGGAUCACAGCAGCCAGAAAGGGACCCUUUCUCCUCUGUCUCUGGAGACACUUCACCCUCCUUGCCUUCAACAUCUGAUCACGAUACAGAAGACUCUCCUUGCCGCCACCAAGCCAUCAAGAAAACAUUACAAGAGAAAGACGAUGCCAAUUGUCCUAAAUCACUAAGAACAUCCAGUUCAUUCGUGGUACAAAGAGGAAAAAUUAAGCAAAAGUUUGCAGAUCUGGGGGCACCUUUGCGAAGGAAUCCCAGCAAGGGGAAGAAAUGGAAAGAAAAAGAAGUCAGUAGGUUUUCUGCAGGUAGCAGAAUCUUCAGAAGCAAGUUGGAGAACUGGAAAGCCAAACCAGCCUCUACAGUUCAGGCCUCCGCCCCCUCUCCUUGCAUGCCUUUCUCAUGGUUUAAUGAAAGUCGGAAAGGAUCCUAUUCCUUCAGGAACCUGCCUUCAGCUCCAAAUCCCCUCCCGCCUUCUCCUGAGACUCAAAUUUCAGAUAAAACAGGGUCCAAGAAUUUCACCUUCAAUGAUGACUUCAGUCCAAGCAGUACCAGUUCAGCAGACCUGAGCGGCUUAGGAGCAGAACCCAAAACGCCAGGGCUCUCCCAGUCCUUGGCACUGUCCUCAGAUGAGAGCCUGGACAUGAUAGAUGAUGAGAUCCUUGACGAUGGACAGUCUCCCAAACACACUCAGAGUCAGAGCCGGGCCGUCCAUGAGUGGAGUGUGCAGCAGGUUUCACACUGGUUAGUGGGCCUCAGUCUGGACCAGUAUGUGUCUGAAUUCAGUGCUCAGAACAUCAGUGGUGAGCAGCUCCUGCAGCUGGAUGGCAAUAAACUGAAGGCUCUUGGAAUGACAUCAUCCCAGGAUCGGGCACUGGUUAAAAAAAAACUGAAGGAAAUGAAGAUGUCUCUCGAGAAGGCUCGCAAGGCCCAGGAGAAAAUGGAAAAACAAAGAGAAAAGCUGAGGAGGAAGGAACAAGAGCAAAUGCAGAGGAAGUCUAAAAAGUCGGAAAAGAUGACUUCCACAACCGAGCAACCGUGAGCAGUAAGGUCUCGCCUCCUCCAGUAGGUGGGAAAGCUUGAGAGAAGUCCCGCCCCUUUCUGCCCCCACUCUCCUGCAGAGGAUGAAGAAGAAACUGAUGGGGAUACACCACUGUAGGCGGUUAAAGAACUGUGUGUUGAAUGCACUCUUGAUUUUAACCUAAAAUGACCCCUCGCCGCCGCCUUCGGUUCAUUGACUAACCAGAAGUGUCAUUUUUAUCUUCUACUUACCAACAUCCCAUGUUGUGUUAAGUGUGCGGUGCCACUUAGAGGACCAGCCUGACCCAGCCAAUGAGAGCAGGACUCUGGUGCUGCGAGUGGAGUACCCAGAAUUCUCAGUGAGAGCCCCUGAAACUGAGGUAGUAGCUUGUGACUGUUGGUGUGCAGAGGAUCCCUGCCUUGAGAUGGGGAAGCGCCCCUCAAUUCUGACAGUAGAGCAAGUGAGUUCCAUGGUGGGGAUGUGGGUGCCCAGCACGGAAUUGCCAACUGAGGGAAAGAGCGAGCACGUGUGCUAUCCCACUCGCUGAGAAUCAGAACGAGGGGGGAAAUAGUAGCUAUUUAUUAACUGUAGAAGAACUGAAAAGCCUUAAGCACACAGAUGUGGGUGUACUUCGGGGUUUGGAGGAUAACAUUUUCCUCCAGGUAUUGUUGAACAAAGAAGAAAAAAAUGUCAGAGUGUAGUGCAACGGUGGAUGUUGGGAUCUGCUACUUUGUUUGCCAGUGCCGCGAGCCCAGUGUUUGAGCCGCACCGACAAACACAGCACAGCUCCUUCCCCGGGAACAAAUUGAACAGGAAAUUGAUUUUUAAGGAAACCAACAUCUUCAGGUUUCCUCUCCUGGGACAUUCUGGCUGGCCUUCAGCCUGCCUGUGACAAAAUCGUGAACUUGUCACAUAUUUUCUACUCAGAAUUUCUCAAGUGGGCUCAGUGUUUUAACAAAUGUCCUUUCAAGGACUUAAACCUAGAGAUACUGGUUAGAGAUUAAGAUUUGAGUAACAGUCAACUAGAGAACUUUUUUUCUUUUUUCUUUUUUUAAUGUAUACAUAAUUCUUUCCUGUGAAGGACAGCCAUCAUUUACAUUUUACAGGCAUUUGGAAUGACUCCCUAAGCCAUUCUCUUCCGUAUUCUAGAGAGUUCGAGAUUUGUUUAAAACAGUACAUGGGACAGAUUUUCACAGUGUAAGAGCUGGUAUUACUUGAAUACUUGGUAUUAAGGAUUUCAGUGUUUCACCAACCUGAGUUGAGUGCAGGAGACUAGGGGAGGAGGAGAACAGAAAGUCUUCUUGAGACAUUUCACACCCUCAGGGGUUUUUUGUUUGUUUGCUUGUUUGCUUGCCUUUAGUUUUGCUUUUUCUUUUCUUCUGAAUCUAACUCUCAUUACUGCAUUAACUAAAACACUGGCAUCAUCUACUUUAUGGUGAGCAGAUUUCAAAGUAGAGCUGGAGGCCAGAUGAAUCCUUGGACUUCAGGGUAUUUACUUCCUUUACCCCAAAAGGCCCAUGCGCUGCCCACUGGCCUGUGCACAUCUCCUCUGGGUGCACAGGUACGCAGGGCCUGCAUCAGGCGCUGGAGUUAUGACAAGAAUCUGCUAGGAUAGAGGUCAGCUGCCUGUGUGGCCUCACUUUGUAUUUUAACAUUGUGACUUUUCAUUUUUAUUGUUAUUACUAUUUUUGUAACAUGAAUUUUGAGAUUAUCUGAACUAGAAACUUAAUCCUGUUCUUUCUCCCAGAGCCUGCUUCCUUUUCUGGCCCAGCACACUUCUGUUAAGUUUUGGUCCUUCUGGUACAUACAGCCCCUUCAGUUUGAAACAUGAUAUGAGAGUCGCUCUGUGCUCUGCGCAAACCAGACCUGCUUCAUGGUUCUCUUGUGGAGCAGGGUACUGAGUGCCUGUUUAUAUCUUCAGAUGCCUGAUGCUUUGCCACUUAUAAGAGACAUAUUACUAAACUACACAUUCAGUAAAUCUUUCCUAAUGCCAGAAGACGAAGGGAAAAAUCUGGCAAUAUUAAUACUUGCUAUUGUACAUUUUGCCAUUUUUCUUUUCUUUGGGGGAAAAAAAAAGCUGGAUUGCACUGGAAGCUUCUCUGUGUUCAUUUUCCAGAGUGAAAACAGAAGGGUGAUCAUUUUAAGUUGUGUUUACACUUUGAUGAUAGUUGAAAAUGAAUGUAUAUAUUGAAAAUGUCUGUAAGUCUGCCUCUGCCUGUAACUUAUGACCUCUUAUAUUGCAUUUCUUAAAUACAGUGUUCUUACUGUAACUUUAUUAACACUCCGUGCUUGGAUCAGCGUUCACCUAACAGCUACAAAUCAAAUUAAUAUUCCUUACAUCAUUUAGUUUAUAGUUCAGUCAUUUUGAUUUUUAAGUUAAAUUAUUACAAUCUUAGACCAAAAUGAAUUCUUUUAACAUUGCUAUUUAAAACUAUUAGGAUUGUAAAAGGCUCUUGAUUGCUUUGUUGGGCAAAGGAUAGAAGGUUGAUCCAGUGUGGAAACAAAGUGGAGGACCUCAGACCUUGUGAGCAUUUUGAUUUCUUGUUCGCUCCUUUAUUUGACUGUGGUGCAUGAUAAUAAUUGAGUUUCCAAAGUCUUGCACAAUUCUUUCUUUAAUGCUGUAGUUUUCAGGGUUUAUACAGUUUAACAGAGAAUUGUUGUUGCUUCGUAGACGUUAAGGGUUUUGGACAGUUGUUCAACAAAUGAACCAAAGGGGUUGUCUGCAUAUUGUGAAUGAUACUCUAGUGAAAGCUAGUGGGUCCCCACCAGAAACCAAAAGUGUCUGGGGUACAGGUUAUGUUCCAGAGUGGGGUACAUAGUGAGGCCCUGCCACAGUUGGAGAGCAUUGUAGUAGUAGUAACUGGGUCAGGGUUCCACUAAAGAACUUUGAACGGGAUUUCCGUGGUUAAGAUCAUCUCCCUUAAAGUAACUUAUCCUUAUGUAAUCAUUUCUUUCUCCUCCCCAGCAUCAGCAGGGUCCUGUUAGUGCAGAAACCAUGCCCUAUCCACUUUACUACUCCACCGAAGGCUGUCAUUGCUGUCAUAACAGCCAAGCUCUUCUGAAGCCAUCUGUUGUCCUUUUGCUGGGGUUGAGAUGGACUUCCCACGCCCCACCUCACGUAGACUUUUAAAGCACCGCAGUAGUUUAUAUUACAUUAUGAAAGGAGCUAAUGCCAGACUUGGCUUGCAAGAGGCCCACCAUGGUACCACCUAUCUUGUGUUCCUUUAUUUUUAGGAAGCAAAGUAGCAGAGGGGCAAGCACUCCCACUCAGCUACCAUUCGUGCUGGACAGUGUUUGCCCUGAGAUAUUAAAUACCCUGAACCUAAGCUGUAAGAGUGUCCGAGUCAGAGUUAGCACCUGGGCCUCUGCAUUGUGCUGACGAGGAAGAAUUCCCUUUUAGGAUCUUUGCUCGCUAGGAUUAACUUGUACCUGAAAAUUAUAUAAGAAGAAAAUGAUUGCAUUUAUACAGCUAUUCUAAGUCAUUUAUAAGCAUGGGAGUUUAGAUAAAUUUGAGGAGGACCAUCAACAUUUAACAAGGGUAUUGAAGAAGAUUCCGGAGGAUGGAGGGCAAAUGUUUCUAAAAGAAACUUGUGUACACUGGAUGCAAAUUGCCCUUUCAUAAACUGGGAUAGCAAAGAAUUACCAAAUUCCAUUUGAUUAGCUAAAGCCUCUUCUCACAGAGCUGGCGAUAAGAAACAUCCCACUUUGGGGGACAGGAACUAGGAGGGUUCAUGUCACUUGCUUCAGUGCUAUGACCCUAGUGAUCCCUGGUUGGAAAGGUAAUUAGGAGAGGAUGGGGCUACUUCUCAUGUUUUCUUAAUUGCUUUGAGUCAGGGCUCUGCCUGUGUCUAGUUCUGAAGCAGAGCUUAUAGAGGUGAGGUCAAAACGGUUCUCAUUUCCAAAGGACAAGGGGGACUUGGGGGGGUAGUCUCAAGACAGCAUUACAGGAAGUCCAUUUCACCAUUCAGUCCUGAGAGCUAUACUGAAUGUACUGACUGAUUUUAAUAGUCUUUGCCUCGAAUAGUUAAAGUCCUGUGAAAUUUAGCCUUGAUCAAAAUACUGGGGACGGAGUGGGGAAUAACACCAAAGAAAACACAUAUCAAUACCUUGAAUAGUAACAUAGAAGAAGCUGGAGUAACCGGUUAGAGGAAAAGGAAAAAAAACCUGCACAGUAAACCGCCCGCUGGAGAGCAACACAAGCUCCUUACACCAAAACACGGUGUCUUCUGGAAGGUUGGUCACUUAAAACUCUCAUCUGUAAGCACCUGGAUCCUCAGAGUAGGGGGCAGAAGAACAAGGUCUAUGCUUCCCUGACCCUACACACGCCCCACCCCCUACCCCCACCCCCAGACCAUUAGGGAUCCAGCGAUAUGCAAGACAAUGUGCAAGCAGUAAGAGAAGAAGCCACAAAUUCUGUUAUGUGCAUGCCACUUGUGUAGGUGUCAGAGCCUUGUGUGUGAAUAUAUCCCCCACCUGACACACACAUGUAUACCUUAAGCACAUGGCACAAAUAUAUACUCUCCAUGGACUACAGUGGUGUUAGUUAGGACCCUGAGCUGUAAUCAUAGCAUCGUUACUACUUUUUGUGUUGUGUAUACAUUGAAUGGCUCAUAGAUUUUAAGAGUUUUUUUUUAAAUGUAAGCAUCCUACUAAAUGCACUUAUGCUUCUAAAUGUUUGUAUAUUUUAGUAAAAUUGAUUUAUUAGAUCCUUUGGUAUUGUAUUUUAGUACAGUAAAAUUUCCUCAGCUGUUUGAUUAAUGCUUUGAUGUCAAGAUUGCACAUUUUUAGUUAGGACACAGAAGAUAUUAUGCAGCUUCGGGCAUUUUCAACUGCAGGUCGCCUGCGGUUCUCUUGACUAAAUUGCACUGUGUGUUCUUGUGUAUCAGCUCUCACCUCUAAAACGAGGUAGAUCAUCAGAGUAGCCCUGAUGCUUCUGUCGCUGACUCCUGGCUCUCUGGUGGCAGUAUUUCUGUCGUGUGACCACCAUUUACUUCCUAAGCCAUCCGCUUGCAAUGGCAUUUUGGUUGCCACCAAAAAUAACACAAUGGGUUCUGAGUCUGUGUUGUUGGAAGCUGGGUACAUCAUUUCCUUCAGCUGUUUUAUGCACGCACACACGUUUUUUGUUAAAGCGUUAAGCAUUCAGCCAUGAACUAACAAUUGGCCAGAAACACCCUAAAUUGCCUUUACCAAAAAAAAGGGGGGGGGCAGGAAGUGAUACCCAGACUUUCAACUUUUCAAUCAGUGAGUAACAAACAGCACUCAACAUGCAUAUGUGGCCUCUCCUCAGUAUUAUUUAAUGUCAUAACUACUGCUUUUGUAAUUUGUAAUGAUGUUUGGAUGAAACCACUUGGACACCUGCUAUAGAUCACUGACAAGACCGAGCAGCUGAAAACAAGGAGAAUAAAGUUCCGUUCUACUGUAAGAUUUGAUUUAUGUUCAUCUUUCCUUAUAGACUAUUAAAGGGAAAGUGGUUUGAAAAGCAUUUGAGUCUGGUAAGUAUACAUAGGCCAGUACCUGAACCUUUUAAUUUGUACAUUUUGCCGUCUGGUCCUUUGCAUGGGAGACACGGUAGUGCCACAUCUGAUUUGUUCUCUGGCGCUUGAUUAGUGUGUGCUGUUCCCAAUGGCAUCCUUUACUUUUCAGUUUUCAGAGGCAUUCGAAGCAAACUAUACCGUCAGUGGCCCAUUGUUUUCUGACCAUCUAAAACUUACCUGUGAUUAAACUUAACUUGUUAGUGUAAAUAAACCUCUUGCCAAUGAUUAUUAUUAUUGUUAGAGAAUGAAUGCAAUAAAAGGAAAUUCAGAGGUC